UUCAAAAGUUCAUUCGUAAGAGAGGAAACCCUCCUCUACAUGAUCUGCACUUAUUGCCACAUUUUACUCUGUACUCCAAUCUCUACAAUUUAGGGCUGAGAAAAUAGCAGUAUGCCGCUGUUUCUCACCGACGAGGAGUUCGACCAGUGCUCCAACGAUGCUUCUCUUGUUUCCGAGAAAGCCGAUUCAUUCAUUAGACAACUCUAUGCCGAACAUGAGACGGUUAAGGCCAUGGCUGCUGCCGCUUCUAUCACCGCCGAGCAGACCUGCUCCAUUCUGGAGCAGAAAUAUGUAUCUCUGUCAUCUGAAUUCAACCAGAUUGAAACUCAGAACGCCCAAUUGAAUACCACCCUCGAACAACGCUUAUCUGACCUGACCCAAGUCCAAGCCGAGAAACAUCAAGCUCUUCUCAAAUGCAUUGCAAAAGAUGGAGAUAUUGAAAGGUUGUCUACGGAAGUCACAGAACUUCACAAAUCCAAGAGUCAGUUAAUGGAAUUAAUUGAACAUAAGGACACCGAGAUCAGCGAGAAAAAUGCCACCAUCAAGAGCUAUCAUGAGAAAAUUGUUAACUUGAAUGACAGUGCGGCAAUAGGAGAAGCCAAGUUGAAUGAGAUCGUGGUUGAGCUGGCACGGUGUCGCGGCUCUUUUUCUCGUCUUUCACAGGAAAAAGAACUUAUUGAGAAGCACAAUAAUUGGCUCAAUGAUGAGCUUAGUACUAAAGUUAACAGUUUCACUGAAGUACGCAUGACGCAAAGUGAUGUGCAGGCAGACAUGUCUGCUAAGAUUGCAGAUUUGGAGAAAAAAUUGAAUGAUAGUAUGAUCUCUUUAAAUCGGAAUAAGGAUAGAUCAGUGGAGUUAGAAAUAAAGCUAUCCUCUCUACAAGAGGAAUUAACUGCAGCUAGAGAUGUUGCAGCAGCGAAUGAAGAACAAUUUACUGCUGAACUUUCAACAGUGAAUAAACUUGUUGGAUUAUACAAAGAAAGUUCAGAGGAAUGGUCACAAAAAGCUGGAGAGCUUGAAGGAGUGAUCAAGGCCUUGGAUACCCAUUUGGAUCAUGUUAACAAUGAUUACAAGGAAAGGCUUGAGAAAGAAACAUCAGCAAAAUUAAUGUUUGAAAAGGAAACAGCACAUCUGAAGGAGAAACUACAAAAGUGUGAAGCCGAGAUUGAGGCUAAUAGAAAAGCAAGUGAGCUGAAUCUUCUUCCUUUGAGCUCUGUUACCAUGCUGAAAUGGGGUGAGAUAGCUGAAGAAAAAGACACUGUAGAGGAUAACCGCCAAAUUGUUCCUAGUAUUCCUGUAGGAGUAUCUGGAACAACAUUGGCAGUUUCUCUUUUAAGGGAUGGUUGGAGUCUAGGUAAAAUGUAUACCAAAUACCAAGAAGCUGUGGAUGCUUUGAAGCAUGAACAAUUGGACAGAAAGCAAACUCAAGCUGUAUUGGAGCGUGUUUUUUAUGAAAUAGAAGAUAAAGCUGCUGUCAUACUUCAUGAACGAGCUGAGCAUGAAAAACUGACCGAGGCAUACGCGGUUGUCAACCAAAAACUGCAACAUUAUCUAGUUGAACGGACUAACUUGGAGAAGACUAUCCAAGAAUUAAGGGUUGAGUUGAUGCAACAUCAAAGACACUAUACUACUGCACAUAAAGAGAUUGUUGAUCUCCAGAAGCAGGUGGCAGUUCUUCUUGAAGAAUGUCGGGAUGUACAGCUCCAAUGUGGAGCUAGUGGAAUUGAUAGUAUUGUUGAUCACAUCAAUAUUCCUUAUGUGGAGUUAAAUGCUGACUCUGAAGUUGAUAGAGUAAUUUCUGAACGACUGUUAACAUAUAAGGACAUAAGUGGAUUGGUUGAGCAGAAUGUGAGGCUCAGAAGCAUUGUUCGCAGCCUCUCUGAUCAGCUUGAGGUUAAGGAGGGGGAGCUAAAGGAGAAGUUUGAGAUGGAGUUUCAGAAACAAAAUGAAGAGGCUUCUUUUAAAGUUAAUGAAGUGCUAAUGAGAGCUGAACAACAAGAGAGGAUGAUUGAAUCACUGCACACUUCUGUUUCCAUGUACAAAAGGCUUUAUGAAGAAGGAAAUAAACUCCAUUUGAGCAAUUCACAAGUGAUAGAGGCUGCCCCAGAAGAUGGGAAGAGGGAUUUGAUGCUUAUACUUGAAGGAUCUAAGGCCUCUGUAAAGAAGGCUCAAGAAGCAACUUCUGACCAUGUGAAAUGGCUUGAGGAAAAUGUGGGGAAGCUGAGAACUGAGCUUAUAUCAGUACAAUCAGAGCGUGACAAGUUGGCUCUAGAAGUGAACUUUGCUAGAGAGAACCUUGAAAGAAGCAUCAAUGAAGUUGAACACCAGAGGGACGAAACAAAAGCUAUUGUGGCCAGAAAUGUAGAAUUGUCUCAGUUAAUAAAUGGCUACGAGCGACGGGUGCGGGAAUCUUCAGAAUCAAUGCAUAAUGCUGAAGACCUCUCACGAAAACUAACUAUUGAGGUCUCCAUUUUGAAGCAUGCAAAAGAAAUGUUGUUGGGCUCUGAAAAGAAAGCCACCGAAGAAGUUCUCUGCUUAUCUGAAAGGGUUCACCGUCUUCAGGCUAGUUUAGACAUCAUUCAGAGUGCUGAGGAAGUUCGUGAGGAAUCAAGAAGGGCAGAGAAGAGAAAACAAGAGGAGCACAUUAUGCAUAUUGAGAAGGAAUGUGCCGAGGCUAAGAAAGAACUUCAAGAGGAGCGUAAUAAUGUUCGCCGUCUCAUGCUUGAUCGAGAAGAAAUUAUGAAGAGUGCUAUGAGACAAGUCGAGGAAACUGGAAAAGAAUUAACAAAUUCUUUAAAUACUGUUGCUGCAGCCGAGGCUAGGGCUUCUGCUGCCGAGGCCCAAUGUUUCAGUAUGGAGAAGAACAAAUCGGGAGAAGUUAAGGUAUGCAGAUGUAGAAGAUGUUUAUGCACUAUCCUCACCAAUAUUUCAUUAUCUAGUUUCUUUCAAUGUAAUGCGGUUACAUCGAUUUAUUUAGGCAUGUUCUUUUUGUUCAUCCACUUCCUUCUGUGGAUACAGGUUACUCAAAGUGGCAGUGAUCAAGGGCUUUUCUCUUCGAGUAAUGAGGCAAUUUCUGAUUUACAAGCUGCUAGAGAGGAGAUACAAAAAUUGAGAGAAGAAGCACAGGCUAACAAGGAUCACAUUCUACACUAUAAGAACAUCGCAACCGUACAUGAUGAGGCAUUAAAACAGAUGGAACUUGUGCAUGAGAAUUUUAAAACUGAGGCGGAUAGAGUGAAGCAAUCACUUGAACUGCAGAUUUUAUCAUUUAAGAAUAAAAUCGACCAACUUGAAACUGAAUAUAGUUUGAAGUCCACAGAAGUGGUAUCUUUGGUUGCUGAGAAAGAAUCAAGCCGCGCGUCUUGUUUCUUAGAGAUUGACAGGCUAAAGAUGGAAUGUGCUCUUAAAACAUCCCAAAUAACUGAGAUGGGAACCAAAAUCUUAGCAUUGAAAGAAGAUUUGGAUAAAGAACAUCAAAGAUGGCGUGAUGCUCAGUCCAAUUAUGAAAGACAGGUCAUACUUCAAUCAGAGACAAUUCAAGAGCUGAAUAAAACAUCGAUUGCUUUGGAAUCAUUGCAAGGAGAGGCUUCUGAGCAUCGUAAAUUGGUGGAUACUCUUAAAACAGAAAAUAAUGCUUUGAAGACAAGGUGGGAAAUUGAGAAGUCAAUCAUGGAAAAAUCAAAGAAUUAUUCUGAGAUGAAGUUCAGAGAAAUCGAUGAGCAGAACAAGAUAUUGCAUAAUCGGCUGGAGGCUUUACAUAUUAAGUUGGCAGAAAAGGAGCGGAGUUUAUCUGGAGUAUCUUCUGGAAGCAGUGAUCAAGAUAGAAUUAAUGAUAAUGGGUUACAGAGCAUAGUAAAUUAUCUACGUCCAUCGAAAGAAAUUGCAGAAACUGAGAUUUCUUUAUUGAAGAAGGAAAAGCUUCGCUUACAAUCCCAGCUUGAGAGUGCUUUAAACGCUGGGGAUACAGCCCAAGCUUCACUUCAUGCUGAGCGAGCGAAUUCAAGAACAUCCUUACUAACAGAAGAAGAGUUCAAAUCUUUGCAACUACAGGUGAGGGAACUAAACCUGCUUCGUGAAAGUAACUUGCAACUUAGAGAGGAGAACAAGCAAAAUUUUGAGGAAUGCCAGAAAUUAAAUGUAAUGGCCCAGAAUGCAAUCGUUGAAAAAGAGCAUCUUGAAGAUUCACUGAGAGUGAGACAAACUGAAUUUGAAGUGUACAAGAAGGAUGCUGAAAUGCUGAAAGGACAAAAAGAUCUCCUGGAGAGCCGUGUUCAUGAGUUGCUGGAGCGAUGCCAGGAUAUUGACAUGGAAGAUUAUGCUCAUGCAAAAGAAGCUGUUCAGCAGAUGCAGGCAAAUAUCAGUUCUAAGGAAGGCGAGCUGGUGGAAAUAAGAAAACUUCUUUGUCAGAAAGAUGCUUCUAUCUUACAAUUAGAAUCAGAACUUGCCACAUCAAUAACAAAAGUAAAUGAGAAGGAGAGCAGAUUAAACAAAAUUUUGCAAGUUGAGAGUACAAUGAAAUUAGAUCUUGAGAAGCAGAAGAAGACAGUAAUACAACUUAAGAGGAAGAUCGAUAGUUUGUCAAAGGAAAAAGAUGAUCUUAGUAAAGAGAAACAAGCUAUGUCAAAACAGUUAGAGGAGUGUAAACAAGGGCUGAAGAGCGAUGGAGAAGCUGCUGGUGAACAAGUCAUGAAGGAAAAAGAUACCAAAAUUCAGAUUCUAGAGAAAACUGUGGAGAGGCAGAGAGAGGAGCUAAAGAAGGAAAAAGAGAGGGAUAGAGAAAAGUGUCAGAAUGCUGAGAAAACUGUAUUAGAAAAUCUUGUGACUUCCAGUCAGGCACUAGAAAACUUUGAUUAUAUUGCUCACUCAGUUUCUAGUGGAUAUGGAACUCCUGUUGUCGAUCUUCCUCAGAAAGUGGAUGCAUCAUCGACUUCUGUUGUUAUUAACACAGGUGAACCAGUUCCUCCUGUUACGGCGUCAUUAAGUAUUCUCCCUGCUCCAGUAUGUAAACAAUCAGAAGAGAAACUACUGAGGAGAGUCCCAAAACAAAGUAUUAUUGAGUCUCGCAAAUCUGUGAGGAGAUUAGUUCGUCCUCAAAUGUCAAAGCGUGAAGAGCAAUCACUGGGGGGAGAUACAGAAAUGUCAGAAAUUGAAGGAACCAGCCAAGAUUCCAUGUCCUCUGCUCCUAGCCUGGAGAGUCAUGGGGUGGACUCUGGGGUUCAAAAUACAGUGAUUGCUCGCAAACGUGCAGCAACAUCCACUUCUGACUUGUCUGACUUGUCUCUUCAUCGUGAUGUGAUGAUUCCAUAUGAUGAGGCAAUGCCUUCAUUAAAGAAACUUAGAGGCUCUAAUUUAUUACCACAGGAGGCUGCUGCAAUGGAAAGUCAACCGGCUACAGAAAACUCGGAAGCUAUUAUUAUACCUUCAGAUGCGGGGGGAGUGGUGGUGCCACAGGAAGAAUUAAAUGAUGAAACUUUUGAUGAGAUUGGAGGAAUUUCUGACGAACAGGAAGAGGAGGAAGCCAAAGAGGGAGGAGGAGACAUGAUGAAUCAACUUGAAUUGCAUGAAGAUACCUUGGUUGGUGGGGACAAUAAUAACCAAACUGAGUUGGAUACAAUGGUUCCCACAGAGGAGGUGGAUGUCCAACAGCAGUUAGGAUUAGAAACUGACAGUGAUCAGGAAGAAGGUGAAUUGCCUAGUUCAGAUCAUGAUGAGGACUUAGACGACAACGACGUUGGCGAUAAUAACGCAACAUCGGAUGCAAUGGAAAAGAUGAAUGAAGUAACAGAAGAAGCAGGGUCUCCUCACUUGGAAGUUGACAAAUUAGAUGUAACCCCCACCGCGAUCCUUGAAGAAGAAACUGCUCGUAGUAAGAUUCCAAAACAAGGGGGGACAUCUGAGAAGGAAGUAGUCGUGAUCAGGCAACAGCAACAUUCUCCUUUAAGGGAGAGAUCUGAGGUACAAGAAACAAGGCAGCAGUCUCCCAUAUCGAGGAGACAGACAACCAUUAAUCUGCGCGAAAGGGCAAAAGAAGCUGCUAUGAUAAGGCAGCAAGGAUUAUCAUCAUCAUCAUCUCAGGGACCAAGAGGUAGGGGACGCCUAAAUCGUGCACGCGGAGGCCGCGGCCAACCACCCCACUCUGGCGGAGGACAGUCUUAAAUAUGUUUUACUUCUUUCUUGGAGGAUGUCUUGAGAGAUGGAUGGAUGUUUUAGUUCAACAUAAAGUGUGGUAUUUAUGUUAUUCAAGUGAACAAUCCAUUUGAAUAUGUAGACUCAAACGAUGUGAACAAUUCAUUUGAAUAUGUAGACUCAAACGAUUUUCUUUUCCUUUUUGCUAUGAACACUCGUUGAGUUGAUGAAAAAGAUUUCUAGCAGUUAUUUUCUUUGUGGAAAUAUUUAGAUAUUGGUAUUUAAUGUU